AUGGAUCAUAGAAACACGAGCCCAAAGACAUCCAAACACUCUACAACAACAGUAUCUGAUACACCUCAACAAAAUAUUAUACCCUUACCCUCCUACUGUUUAUAUUCUAAAAGAGCUUUACUAAAUGAAUACGCGCCUGAAUCGGAUAUUAUACAAUACUUAUCACCAAAAGUUAACAAUCAGUUCCUCAAAGAAAAACUUCCGAUGUUUGUGGGAGUUUUACAGUCAUUAUCUGCAGUAGUGAGCGACAUGCCAUUUUUCAGUGAAGAAGAAGAGGAGGAAGACGAAGAAUAUGGAAUUGACAGUAGCAGUGAUGACAGUGAUUCAGACAGAUCUAGGUUCAAUGACAAUGAUUCUGUUGUCAAUUUUGGAAGUAGGAAUGCCUUUCAAUCCACAACAAGGAGAGCAUCUCACCAUAGCGGCAGAGAAGGCAAACAGAAACAAGAACUUCAAAAGGACGUCAGUAUUAUUGGAUUGCGUACGUUGAAACUGGUGGUAUGGAAUCAAUCUUUGCAUUUGGAUAGAACUGGUGACUUGUCUUUAGUGAUUAUAGUAUCUGCUCAUCUUUCAGACAGCAUCAUCUUGAAGAAUAUGGAAAUCUUGAAGCAGAAUCUUAAAAGACAACAAUAUGACGCUAAGCAAUUUAGACUUGACGAGAAUCUAAUGAACGCAAAUGAUGUACCAGUAAGUAGCACUUCCGAAGAUUAG